AUGGGCCAAGCGCCGUCGUCUACGGCGGAAUUGAACGGAAGAGAGGUAGAUUCGAGGUUAUGGUCUCCGGUGAUUGUUGGUGGAGGAUCGAUGGAUUUUGGAAAUGGUGUUAUGGUUAUUAGAGAUCGGGAUUUCACCGGAGAUCUACCAGAUGAGUGUUUAGCUUAUGUGUUUCAGUUUCUCGGAGCUGGAGAUCGGAAACGAUGCUCACUCGUUUGUAAACGGUGGUUAUUCGUCGACGGUCAGAAUCGUCAUCGGUUAUCUCUAGAUGCUAGAGAUGAGAUCUUCUCUUUCAUAACGUCUAUGUUCAGUCGAUUCGAUUCGGUGACGAAGCUCGCUUUACGAUGUGAUCGGAAGUCUGUUAGCUUAAGCGAUGAAGCUUUAGGUAUGAUCUCUGUUCGUUGUUUGAAUCUUACUCGUGUUAAGCUUCGUGGUUGUCGCGAGAUUACAGAUCUGGGAAUGGAAGAGUUUGCUAGGAAUUGUAGAAAUCUUAAGAAAGUAUCAGUUGGAUCUUGCAAUUUUGGAGCUAAAGGUGUGAAUUCGAUGCUUAAACAUUGUAAGCUGCUUGAGGAAUUGUCGGUGAAGAGACUUAGAGGAAUCCAUGAAGCUGCUGAGUUGAUUCAGCUGCCAGGAGCUGGAUCAGGAUCGUCUUCUUCGCUUAGAUCGAUUUGCUUGAAGGAGCUUGUUAAUGGACAGGUAUUUGAACCAUUGGUUGUUAGUACAAAAACACUGAAAACUUUGAAAAUCAUUCGUUGUUUGGGUGAUUGGGAUAAAGUUCUUCAAACGAUUGGAUACGGAAAUAGUUCUUUAAGUGAAAUUCACCUCGAGAGGCUUCAAGUAAGUGACAUUGGUCUCUCCGCGAUAUCAAAGUGCUCAAAUGUUGAGACUUUGCAUAUAGUGAAAACACCUGAAUGCUCAAACUUUGGUUUGAUUGAUGUCGCUAGGAGAUGUAAGAUGCUUAGGAAACUUCAUAUUGAUGGUUGGAGAACUAAUAUGAUUGGCGAUGAAGGUCUAAUCGCUGUAGCGAAAUACUGCUUAAACUUACAAGAACUUGUCUUGAUUGGUGUUCACGCUACACAUAUGAGUUUAGCAGCUAUUGCUACAAACUGUGAGAAACUCGAAAGAUUAGCACUUUGCGGAAGUAAAACAAUAGGCGAUACAGAGAUUGCUUGCAUCGCUAAGAAAUGCGGGGCGUUGAAAAAAUUCUGUAUUAAAGGAUGUCCGGUUUCGGAUCUAGGAAUCGAAGCGCUCGCUGGUGGUUGUCCUAAUCUGGUGAAACUGAAGGUGAAGAAAUGUAAAGUGGUGACUGGAGAAAUUGGAGAAUGGCUGCGAGAACAAAGGAAGACACUUGUGGUGAGUAUGGAUAGUGAUGAAACCGAAGCAACACUCGCUGUGGAUGGUGAGGUUGAAACCGUUGUAGAGGGCCCGAGGAUGGCUCAAGGCGGUGGUGGUGUUGUGGCACCGGAGAUUGGUUCAGGCAAUGGUGGAGGAAGUAGAUUAGCGACGACGAUUAGGUCAAAGUUUGGGUUUCUUGCGGGAAGAAACUUGGUAACUUGCACAUUCAAGAGAUGGUCUCAUACUGAUAAUGGAAGUAGUUCUACUUGA